GUGCGGCUUUAUUAAGUUGUAGCGCCGAGGCGAGCGCGGUUCACGCGCGGCACAUCUCCAUGACAACGGCACAACACUACCAGAGCUAGUGCGCGCGCGCUUGCGUUCCUCUUUCACACGUGAAUCCGGUGAAAAUGUCCAUCACCAAGAACUCGAUGAAAAAUCUGACCGAAGGCCUCUGCAGAGACCACUUCAGCAGCACCGAGGUCCAGUGUCUGGUCCGACACUUCCACCUCCUGCUGCGGGAGCCCACCACACCCGGGGGGAGCCAGGUGGGCCUGGACUGUGGACAGUUCAAGUGGUUCCUCUUCAAGGUCUUUGGCAUGACGGACGACACCAUCAUGCAUGAAGUCUUCAGGACGUUUGACAAAGACACUGAUGGAAUCGUCAGCGUGAGAGAGUGGAUAGAGGGUCUCUCCGUUUGCCUCCGUGGGAGCUUGGACGAGAAGAUCAAGUACUGCUUCCAUGUGUAUGACCUGGACAGCGAUGAAUACAUCUCCAAGGAGGAGAUGUUCCACAUGCUGAAGAACAGCCUCAACAGGGAGCCUGAAGACGACCCUGAGGACGGGGUGCGGGACCUGGUGGAGAUAGCAACAAAGAUGAUGGACCGCGACCACGAUGGCAGGCUGUCCUACGCAGAUUUUGAAGAGACUGUCAAAGAGGAAAAUCUUCUACUUGAAGCUUUCGGAACUUGCCUCCCUGAUAUUGAGAAAAUUGAAGCCUUUGAGAGACAAGUCUUUGUGGAUUAAGUCACUCAAUCUGCACAUGUGGAACUGACGUGACCUCAACGCCUUUUCCAUCCUUUUAGGAGCAAUACAGGGGUCCACCUAUUCACAUCUGGACAUUCAGAAACAAACACUUGUAACUACCAAACACACACAUUUAAAUGAUUGUACAGUGGUGCGGUUGUUAGUAUAAAAGUAUGUUCGGUGUUAUUAGGUAUAUAAUAGGAUGGACCUUGAGACAAGACCAGCUCAGUGUAGUAUGUCACACUUGAAUGAACUUAGAAUGUCAAUGAUGUUGAAUUGAAUCAAAGAAGAAGCAAGAAUAAAACACCCCACUGAAUCUCAUCCAAUAGUGUGUGACUUUAUUCCAAGCAGUAGACGAAAGGGGCUCAAAUCCUGCGCCGCGGCUUUAUCUUCUUUGGCGGUGGCUGGACGACAGACACAGAUUCCACCUGGACGACAAGGAUUAUUAUUUGAACAAUGUCAGCGGUUUGUGGGACCAGACUGAAAAAUAAAGAUGUUUGUUACC